AUGGCAUACAUAACACCAACAGCACCACCGUUACCAUUUGAGAGUGCCAUAAUCCACCCUCACAUGAUGCCAUUAAUAACCCCAACAACACCACCAUCACCAUUUCCGACCGCCAUAAUCCACCCUCAGUACUGUGCUCCAUAUCCAGUUGGCCUUGUACUCAAGAAAGAGAAGACUAUUCUUCAUAAGUAUACGGUAACAGAUAUCAACGACAACGUUAUUUUUACGGUUACCAGCCCUUUUCUCACUAUGCACCAGCAUCGUUAUGUACGUGACGCUCAUGGAAACACCAUCCUCCAUCUUUGCAGAGAGCUAUUUAGAGAUCGAUGGAAAGCGUUUAGAGGCCAAAAUAUGGAACAAUUGGAGUUCUUUACUCGGAAUGUGGAUGUGUUCUUGGCAAAUAACAGCACUGGAGUUUGUGACUUCAAGCUCGUUGAAGCAGGUUUCUUUGCACGAACUUGGGUUGUUAACAUCGCUGAAUCUGACAUUGUUGUUGCCCAGAUAAAGCACAAGUUGGGUAGAUUUUUCAAAAGAGAAAAGUUUAUGGUCACAAUAUCUCCAAACAUUGAUUACGCGUUCAUAGUGGCUCUAACCUUGACACUUGAUGACUACAUCAGUAGGAGGAGGAAGAGAAGAACGUAGGAGGAACUUCACAAGGGAAAAAGAUUAGUUAAGCUUUAUGCAUGGAACAUUAGGAUCAUAUACCUGUUAUUAUAUAUGAUUUUAGUUGUAUAUAUACUACUCUUUGGUUUUACGUUAGAUGUAAUAAAUUGAAAAUGUUUGUUAAAAUUGUUG